AUGAAGAGCUUAGUUAAAAGCUGUAGGGUCUAUUUCAGUUUCCAGCCUGUGAACUUUGAAGAAUUCUUCAGUAAAGAUUUUUUGCCAGACUUGUUUCCCUCCACUCCUGGAUCAGUGUUUGACAUAAAUGAUGCCCCUGCUACUCUUGUGAUACAGAGCUCUGAAGAGUAUCGCAUUCUGUGUAUGAAAAAAGAAGGAAUCGAAACAUUAACAAAUAAAAAGAACAAACUCCAAAUGUAUGUAGUUUAUUAA